AUAAAGAGAGAAUAGAGAGGAAUAAAGAGAGAGAAAGUCUCCUUAUAAGGCACCAGGGCUGUUGUGUAAUGGGCAAGUAAAAUGCUUUUCCCCAGGUGAUCCCAUGCAACGUUACAUUGUUACUUUUGUGUGACUUUGUUGGAUUCCAGCAGUGGAUGUUGCACUAAUUGUAGCUGCUGCUGCCUGUGUAUUAGCCUAUAGGCUGGACCUGUGUCCCCUUACCCCGGGGGGUGCAUGUCUCUCGCCCCAUCUGGAUUUCUAUAUACCGCCUGGGACUGAGCAGAAGAGAAAUUUCCUCUUGUUGAGCGAUGGCUUUCGGAAGUUUUGGACAGGAAACGUAGCCCCAGGCACUCGGCAGCAGCAGCCCCUCUCUCUGUCUCUCUCUCUGUGUCUCUCGCUCUCUCUCUCCGCUCCUUGUAGUUUUCAUUUGUUAGGGUUUUUUUUUUUUUUCCUCGGCGCACACACAGACUCAGGGAAGAUGUUUUCCCCUCCUGUAAGCAGCGGCAAGAAUGGACCAACUUCCCUGGCAAGCGGACAUUUUUCAGGAACAAAUGUAGAAGACAGAAGUAACUCAGGGUCCUGGGGGAACAGUGCACAUCCAAGUCCAUCUAGAAAGCUGUCAUGCAGUGUGCAAGCCAGCGUGCAUAGCCAUCCACCCCGGAGGUGGCUGCAUAGUUACGGGGAAGGAGCCCAUUUUGAACACAUGACCAGCAGGGAUCUGAGCUCACACUCGCAUGACAAUCUCUCGCCGCCGUUCGUCAACUCAAGAAUACAAGGCAAAUCAGAUAGAAAUUCAUAUUCCUGUUAUGGGAGGGAUUCAGAAUUGCAGGGCUGCCAUCAGCAAAGCCUUCUUGGAGGGGACAUGGAAAUGGCAAACACAGGAGCACUUUCGCCUACGAAACCUGGAUCACAAUACUAUCCGUACUCAAGCAAUAACCCCCGGAGGAGGCCUUUUCACGGAAGUUCAAUGGCAGAAGUGCAAGCCAAGAAAGUCCGGAAGGUUCCACCUGGACUACCAUCUUCGGUUUAUGCCCCAUCAGCAAGCACGGCCGACUACAAUAGGGACUCGCCAGGUUAUCCAUCCUCAAAGCCAGCCGCCAGCACUUUUCCCAGUUCCUUCUUCAUGCAAGAUGGGCACCAUAGCAGUGACCCAUGGAGUUCAUCCAGCGGAAUGAACCAAGCUGGUUAUGGAGGGAUGCUUGGCAACUCUUCUCAUAUUCCACAGUCAAGCAGCUACUGUAACCUGCAUCCACAUGAGCGAUUGAGCUAUCCAUCACACUCCACAACAGACAUCAAUUCCAGCCUUCCUCCAAUGUCUACAUUUCAUCGCAGUAGUACAAAUCAUUACAGUGCCUCCUCCUGCACGCCACCAGCCAAUGGGACAGAAAGCAUAAUGACAGCAAGCAGAGGGAGCGGGGCGGCUGGGAGCUCGCAGACCGGAGAUGCGCUGGGAAAAGCACUUGCCUCUAUUUAUUCUCCAGAUCACACCAACAACAGUUUCUCAUCAAACCCAUCAACUCCAGUUGGGUCUCCACCUUCUCUAUCAGCAGGCACAGCUGUUUGGUCAAGGAACGGAGGACAGACUUCCUCAUCUCCAAACUACGAAGGCCCCUUGCACUCUCUAACACAGCAAAGUCGAAUUGAGGACAGAUUGGAAAGAUUAGAUGAUGCAAUUCACGUUUUACGGAACCACGCGGUGGGUCCUUCAACAGCAAUGCCAGGAAGCCACAGCGAGUUACACAAUCUAAUAGGUCCCUCUCACAAUGGUGCAAUGGGUGGAAUUGGAUCAGGAUAUGGAACAGGUCUUCUGCCAUCAAACAGGCAUUCCCUCAUGGUCGGAGCUCAUCGUGAAGAUGGCGUUAAUCUACGGGGCAGCCACUCACUUGUGCCAAAUCAGGUGUCCGUCCCGCAGUUACCGGUGCAGUCAGCUACAUCACCUGAUUUGAACACUGGCCAAGAUCCAUACCGGGGUAUCCCAACCGGUCUUCAAGCUCAGUCCGUCUCUCCGGGGAGUUCCGAAAUCAAAUCUGAAGACGAAGGAGAUGAGAACCUGCAAGAUUCGAAAUCAGGCGACGACAAGAAAUUAGACGACGACAAGAAGGAUAUCAAAUCAAUUACGAGGUCAAGAUCUAGCAAUAAUGAUGACGAAGACCUGACCCCAGAGCAGAAGGCAGAAAGAGAGAAGGAAAGGCGGAUGGCAAACAAUGCCCGAGAGCGUCUCCGCGUCCGUGAUAUUAAUGAGGCUUUUAAGGAGCUGGGCCGCAUGGUGCAAAUUCAUCUGAAGAGCGAUAAGCCACAAACCAAGCUUUUAAUACUGCACCAGGCUGUGGCCGUCAUACUCAAUUUAGAGCAGCAAGUCCGAGAGAGAAAUUUGAACCCUAAAGCUGCCUGCCUAAAGCGAAGAGAAGAAGAAAAGGUUUCCUCCGAUCCCUCACCACUGUCCCUGGCAGGUCCUCAUCCUGGGAUGGGAGAUCCAUCAAAUCAUUUGGGGCAGAUGUAAAAAGGUCCAAGUUUUUGUUUUUUUGCGUUUCUUCGUUUAGACAAGAAGCCACUUCCUUAACAGCUGUAUUAUCUUAAACCCACACAAACAUUUCUCCUUUAUCCCUUUUCUUUUGUACAAUAUAAGACAAGUCUGAGUAGUUAUAUGCACCACAGACGCGAGAGGUUUCAGCAUUCCCGAUGCAAGAGAAAAAAAAAAAAAAGUGCAACUUGAGAACUUUCCAGCGUAUCGUUCACGAAUGUUACGUUAAAGCAUUACGUUGCAGCCUCGUGACUGGCAAUCUUCUCCACACUGUGGAACCAUGCAUUUGUGCCUAAACUUCUUUUGGAAUAAAAACGAAAAAAAAAUAUAUAAUUCAUUUGUAAGUCUGGAAAAAAAUAUUUCAUUUCAAAAUGGUAAAACUUGCAAUAAUGAAAAAAAAAAAGUGUACUUCUUGGGGGACAACAGAAAAAAAAAAUAAGUUUUUGUUGUUUUUACUGGAUUCCGCUAGUGUUUAUACUUACUGGAUUAAGGAGAAGGGAAGAAUUGCUGCCCAGAUAUUUACAAAAAAAAAAACCAGCAAAGGUCCGAUUGAAAAAUGAAAGCGAUGACGUUAGCCAUUCCUUUGGGUCGGAGGAACAGAUGGAUCUUAUAGACCUAUGACAAAUAUAUAAAUAUAUAUAAAUAUAUAUAUAUGAAAAAUGUAGUGAAUAUGGUAAACUUUGGUUCAUUUGUUUAAAAGCUGUUUUUGCUCCUGUAUAAAUAAUGAAUAACUUUUUUAAAAAAAAAAAAAAACAAGACUUUACUGUAAAUAGAGAUUUUUUUUUUUCCUUUUCCUCCUCUCUCCUUGCCCCUUAGCCUCCUUCCUUGUUGUUGUAAUAUGUAAUGCAGACUCUGUGUGGGAGGUAAUACAGGAUACAGCGCAGAGGCCGGCGUUGCUUCUCCGAGUUCAUUCUCUGCUCUUUUGGCAUCACAGGUCUUAAGUCACACCAUGUACAUACCGCAGACAGCACAGAUUUGGCAUUCGGAGUUUGCCAUUGUGUGAAGCUGCUCACGUGAGCUUAUUCUGGGAUUUUUCAUAGGUACAAGGUUAGAGUGCUACAAAAUGUUACCACUGUGCCUUCCAAUGUUUCUUAUCAUCAUUAAAAUAUAAAAGAAAAAAAAAAAAAAAGAAAAAUAUUAUCUAAGUGGCUG